AUGACGAGCCACAAGGAUUCUCGUAGCGAUGUUCCUACGGAACAAUCAACCUCAUACUUCAACGCCUCUUACUUUCCCGAAUCCAGCACAUUCAUCGAUAAUGAGGUGGACUUCAAUGAUGUUUUCGGUCAUUUUGAUGGGAAUAUUGCCCCAUUCACCACUCCGGCAUCUUAUAACAAUCUUCGUAGGCAGACGGAGGCAGAGAAAGGCACAUCGUCUGCCCAAGGUUUGAUCUUGGGGAACUCGAAUGCCCUUUACCAGCCUUACUACCCUACCAACGAAGAAGUUCCCAUUACAGCCGGUCUUGGUACCGAUUUGAUCAACUGGAAACUAUGCUCUCGUAAUAGUUCCAGCUAUACCGGCACGAGGUCACAGACUUCGGGCCAGAGAACCUCGAGGCCAUCAAAGAAUGGGCAGACCCCACCAACUAUCUGCGAGACGGCGACUAUCGUCAAUGGCGGACAGGCCGAGUUCGAGAGCGAAGAUAUCGAUUUGGACAAGGCAGCCAAGGAAAACUUCGACCAUCUUACCAGAUUCAACAAACAAAAGAGUAUUAUGCAACACGUCGACACAACCAUUCAGUCUGAAUCCGAGCAAUUUCCGAGCCUUCAAUCCACCAAAGCUUUUUUCCCUAACUGGGAGAUUGAAGCCUAUCACCAUACCACCCCUAUCGACGUUGGGGCGAUCGGCAAUAUGGGACUCCACUUCGAGGCCGAUGUUGACUCAACAGUGAGCAAGUCGCAAACUCAGUCUUCCGUAUUUACUGGCGACCGUCGCCGGGCAGCUGGAACCGCUCCAUCAGUCACGAGCUAUACCGAAAGCAGCAUCGCCGAUUCUAAUGUUUCUGAGCGAUUCAAGUCCCGCAUGGUGCCAACAAACUACCCCCGCUACCUCGAAGAUGAUGCAUUCACAUAUCACUCUGGGUACUCGGGACAUGAAUCCAUGUCUGCUGCUGAAUACGCACAAAUCUCCAUGGUUCCACCAAACCUUCAGUAUGCUUUUGACAGUGCACUGGAACAGUUCAAUGCCUCAUUCUCACCCACGCAGCCAAUGCCCAGCCUAUCACCAAUUGGUUACCAUCAACAGAAACGCCUCGCAGCAUCUCCUUCCCCUUCUCCCCAACCAUCAAAGCGUCGUCUCAAGAGGGACCAUAUCUGCCCAACUUGCAAUGCCAAUUUCACUGAAAAGACAAACCUGACUCGUCAUAUCAAGUCCCGAAAGUGUACUAAAACCGGCCCAGACAUGUUCUAUUGCCCAGUUUCCGGGUGCACCCGAUUUUAUGAGGGGCGCAGUGACAACCUCAAAGCCCACAUGAAGCGAGUUCACAGGAAAGAAUGGAACAAACUUAAGUCCUUUCAAGGAGACUGGAAAGAGAAGAGCUCGCUAGCAGGACACUUGUACGCGUGUGCUUAA